AUGCGUCGCGUGAAUACAUUGUUGUUGUGGACACCAUGUUUCUGCCCCCGGAACAUGUGUACAGUUACAUCAACACAGCUGAACUACAUGAUCGACGCUCACAUACAAGACAACAACAUAAACCACGCUCGAAAACUGUUUGACGAUAAUCCCUCAUCCCGCAACCUUGUUUCCUGGAACAUGAUGAUGACUGGCUACGUCAAACACUAUCAAAUUGAACAUGCCCACAACCUGUUUGAUCAAAUGCCCCUCAAAGAUACAGUUUCCUGGAAUAUUAUGCUAUCUGGUUUUAAUAGAAUCACAGACUCUGAUGGGUUGUACCACCAUUUCUUGCAAAUGGGAAGAUCUGGUGUUGCCCCAGAUGAAUAUACCAUCUCCACAUUGCUCAGAGCAGUUAUAAAUACUAAGUUGGAUGUUUUGGUCCCCCAGCUUCAUGCUCUAGCGCUGCAUUUGGCACUUAACUUGAGUGUGUUUGUUGUUUCUUCAUUGAUCAAAGCUUAUGCGAGUUUAAGAGAGGAAGAGGCUUUUAAGCGAGUGUUUGAUGAUAUAUUGGUGAAAGAUGUCACGUCUUGGAGUGCUUUGGUUUCUGCUUACAUGGAAGUGGGAAGCGUGGAUGAUGCACAAACAACCUUUGAUAUGAUGCCCCAGAGGAACAUAAUUCCCUGGACUACUUUGGUGAAUGGUUAUAUCAAGAACAAGAGGAUAAACAAAGCAAGGUCUGUUUUUAACAAAAUGAAUGAGAGGAAUGUGGUGACUUGGACGGUAAUGAUUAGUGGGUAUGUGCAAAAUAAGAGAUUUAUGGAUGCAUUGAAGCUUUUUCUUCUGAUGUUUAAGUCAGGAACUCGUCCCAAUCAUUUCACGUUUUCAAGUGUAUUGGAUGCAUGUGCUGGUUGUGCCUCUCUUUUGAUGGGAAUGCAGGUGCACCUGUGCAUUAUCAAGUCUGGUAUACCGGAUGAUGUCAUCUCAUUGACCUCACUUGUUGAUAUGUAUGCUAAAUGUGGGGAUACGGAUGCAGCUUUUCGUGUUUUUGAGUCCAUUCUGAACAAGAAUUUGGUGUCAUGGAAUUCAAUAAUUGGGGGGUACGCGAGACACGGGCUAGCUACCCGAGCACUAGAGGAGUUUGAUAGGAUGGAAAAAUGUGGUGUUAUACCAGAUGAAGUUACUUUCGUAAAUGUGUUGUCAGCGUGUGUGCAUGCAGGUCUUAUUGAAGAAGGUAAAAAACACUUCAGUUCUAUGCUGUCUAAGUAUGGAAUCCAAGCAGAGAUGGAACACUAUACUUGCAUGGUGGACCUCUAUGGAAAAGCAGGGCAGUUUGAUGAAGCAGUAAAAUUGAUCGAGAAUAUGCCUUUUGAGCCUGACGUGGUGUUGUGGGGUGCUUUGCUGGCAGCUUGUGGCCUGCAUUCAAAUUUAGAACUUGGAGAGUAUGCUGCGGAGAGGAUCCACAAACUGGAAAGCAACCAUCCUGUUUCCUACUCAAUUCUUUCAAAGAUCCAAGGUGAGAAAGAAAUAUGGAGCAGUGUAAGUGAACUGAGGGGCUUGAUGAAGAAAAGACAAAUAAAAAAGCAGAAGGCAAUUAGCUGGGUUGAGUAA